GGACCUCGUUCAUAAUAUUCCAUCUCCUCCUUGUUUCCCCGCUUUCCAUCAUACGCCCAACAUGACGAAAACAUACAUUAUGAACGGUCUCGUUGAGAAGAUGCAGUCCUCUGAUCAGGACUUUCGGUACAUGGGUCUCAAUGACCUACUGGUUGCUAUCAAAGAGGAUCCAACCACGUUCCUGGGUGAUGAGCCAACUGAGACGAAAGUCCUGCGGCAGGUCCUCCAGCUUGUCGAGGAUAAGAUAUCUGAGGUCAAAAAUCAGGCUGUCAAGUGUCUCGGGCAGCUCAUCAAAAUCAUUCGAGAGUCACAGAUGGAGUUUGUAGUCGAUAGGCUCAUUGACUUCUCCUCAGGAAAGGACGAUGAGCUCAGAGAUAUCUCAAGCUUAGCCUUGAAGACUAUAACAUCGGAACUGCCACCUGAAGGCAAGAUAGCCGCGAAGGCAUGCGAGAAGCUCGCACCCAAGCUCUUGACGCAACUCGCCAGUUCAGACACGCCACCCGAUACCCUCCUGGAGACGCUUUCGAUCCUCUCUAUCCUUAUCACCCGUUUCCCUGCAUACCUCGCAAGCCCUGACCUCAAGCCGCAGCCAUUAUCUGUUCUCACACCAAUGCUAUCUCAUCCGCGCCCUGCAGUGCGCAAACGUGCAAUCACGACGCUUGCACAAUUUCUCCCAACCACUCAGGCCGAGCAGUUUACUGAGCUGCUGAACGCAAAUAUCCUGCCUGGACUGACACCGAAAGCGAGUCUUGAAGACCAGCGGACGACGGUGCAGCUUGUGGCGGCAGUCGCGCGCCACACACCGCACCAAAUCGGACCGGUUUUGGGUGAGAUCAUUCCAGGGAUUAUCAAGGCCGUGGAACGCGAUGAUGAGGAGUUGCAGGAGAGUUGUUUGCAGGCACUUGAAGCGCUUGUCCUGCGGUGUCCUACUGAGGUCACACCGUUCCUGCCACAAAUCAUUCAAGUAGGCAAUCAUUUCAUCAAGUAUGAUCCUAACUAUGCUGGUGACGUUGAGGAUGAGGACGAGGAGAUGGCGAACGACGACGAUGAUGACGAUGCAGAACUCGAUGAAGAAUAUUCUGACGAUGAGGACACGUCCUACAAGAUCAGGCGAUCUGCCACGAAGCUCCUUGCCGCGGUCAUUGGCACGCGUCCAGAGUUACUUGCGACCUUAUACAAGGAGGUAUCCCCGAUACUUAUAUUCCGCUUCGGAGACCGCGAAGAGACUGUCCGGGUGGAGGUUUGGACCACAUAUGCAUCUUUGCUCAAGCAGACAGGUGUAUACGGCGAGGUCGUGCAGACGAAAGAGAUGGUCGGCGGGAAGCGCAAACGCGACGAGGAGGUCGAGGUUGAGGGGACUCCUAAGAAUCUUCUGAAAGCACAGGUUCCGACAUUGGCGAAGGCAUUGAUCAACCAGCUGAAGUCGCAGAAGAUGUCGGCGAUCACUCAGCAGGCGGGCUUCUCCUUGCUACACACGCUGCUGACUGUCCUUCCAGGCUGUCUGGCUAAUUUUGCUCCGCAAAUCAUUGCGACAAGCAAAACCGUGCUGACGCAGUCUCACAAGACGAGCGCGUCUGCUCUGCACAUCACUUGCAUGUCAUUCGUCGCGCUCUUUUUCUCUACUCAUUCCCCGUCAGUAUAUGUGGACUCGCUGGAUGGCAUCCUGCCGAUAUUACUGAAAUCACUGGGUGAGAAGCACCCGCGGAUUGCCUCUGAGGCGUUCCGGGUAUUUUCUGCGCUGUUGAAUGCGAUGCAGCCCGUUAAAGGCGCAACCUGGGUGGACACGGUCUACAACGAAGCAGUGCAGCGGCUCAGUAACCACGACACGGAUGCUGAGGUGAGGGCCUCUGCGGAGGUUUGUAUCGGCGAUCUGUGGGUGUGCGCGACGGACGUCAUGAAGACGAAGAGUAGGAGAGAAUGGGAGGCAAUGUGCAGAACGACGGGCCGGACGGACGGCGCUGUACAGGUUGUGACGCGUGUGGCUAGGGAAGUGGAUAUUGACGAUGAUUGGGUGAAUGGGUGCUUGCGGUGGCUGCUCGGUCUGCUGAGGAAAAGUGGACGCUCGGGUAAGGCCGACAUGUUUGUGUGCUUGGAUGCUCUUUUGAGAAGAUAUCAAGCCGGCGUGCCCGCCGAUCUUCCUCCAAGCCUCCUCCCUUCACUCAAGAGCUAUAUCACGACGUCAGACAUCCAGCUCAUGUCACAGGCGCUUUCGAUCGUCGCGCUGUUGCUCGAGCUGUCGCCCAAGAUCACAUUCCCUGAAGUCGAGGCGGAGCUGCUCAAGGAUAUGUACGACAUCGCUCACUCGCCGCUUGUAGCGGGCGCCGCGUUCGACUCUAUCCUUGCGUUCUUCGCCGCGCUCGUCGAGGCUGAUAUGCAGGUCGCGACGCAUGUCGUGCCUAAUCUAGUGACAUCGAUCGAGAAAGAGUCGAAGUCGGAUGCAUCGCAGUCGAAUGUGGCUAGGUGCAUCGGGCAGGUCGUCAGGAGUCAGCGGGCUGUUGCUGCCGGUACCAUUGUAGAGUUUUCGAAGCAUCUCAAGGCAUCUGCGAAAGCGAAGCCUUCGCAAGUCGUACUGAGCCUGCUCGUAAUGGGGGAGAUUGGACGUUUCGUUGACAUGUCAUUGCAAGAGAAUAUCUUUUCUCAGGUCAUCGAGCGCUUCUCCGCGGACCAGGAGGAGGUUCGUACUGCGGCUGCAUUCGCGGCUGGUAACAUUGCGGUCGGUAAUCUGCACCACUUCCUUCCGGUCAUCGUUAAGAUGGUUCAGCACGAUUCUGAGAAGCGACUCCUUUCGCUACAUGCGUUGAAGGAGGUCGUUACACACUGCUCACAUGGGCAACUUGAAACAGUGGCCGAUAUGCUAUGGGUUCCGUUAUUUGAGAACUCCGACAACGCAGAAGAGACCACCCGCAACGUCGCGGCAGCAUGUCUGGGCAAGCUCACGAUCACACACCCAUCCUUGUACCUUCCUCAGUUGCAUGAACGCAUUAGUGACGAGAAUCUGGCUGCACGAGCGACUGUCAUUUCCGCAAUACGCUACACGUUCGCGGAAUCAUCGAGCUCGUAUGACGAGCAGUUGAACGGAGUCCUGAUGGACUUUCUCGCGCUUAUAGCUGAUCCCGACUUGACCGUCCGUCGUCUAGCAUUGUCGACGCUUAACCAGGCCGCUCGUCUCAAGCCUCACUUGAUUCGCGAUCAGCUGCAGAUUAUCUUGCCAAAUCUCUACAAAGAGACGGUGGUCAAUCCUGAUCUCAUUCGUACCGUUCAGAUGGGUCCAUGGACGCACAAGGUUGAUGAUGGUCUCGAGGCGCGUAAGACUGCGUAUGAGACGUUGUACACUUUGCUUGACACCUGCUUGGCAAAACUCGAUCUGCACGAAUUCAUUGGACGCGUGCUUGCCGGACUUGCAGACGACUCAGACGAGGUGAAGGUGAUCUGCCACAUGAUGCUCUUCCGUCUGUCGCAGGUCGCGCCCACCGCCGUCGCGCAGCGUCUGGACGAGAUUACGCCGUUGCUGGAGAAGAGCAUGAAAGGUGCGACGGUGACAAAGGACACCGUCAAGCAGGACAUCGAGCGUGCGGCGGAGCUGCAGCGCAGCACGCUCAGGGCCGUGGCGGCGCUGAGCAGGAUCAAUCAGCCGGGCGCGAGUCUGAGGUUCGAUGCAUUUGUGGAGUCGAUGAAGAAGGGCGAGUGGGGAACCGAGUUCAGAGAGCUUGUUGGCGCUUGAGAUAUGAUGGACUUCGCACACAUGAAAAUUCACUUGUGUUGCUUUUUUUUUUUUU